AUGGAAUAUGAGCGGAACUUGAGCGUGUGUGGCUUCACCGAACUAAUUAUGUCGGAUACACGGCGCCGUAGAAAAUCUCAUAAUUCUGGAGGUUCCGAAGAUCUCUCGGAUUCGUAUGACGAGUUAAAUGUAACAAAGGAAACACAGAAUAACGAAGUGACAGAGGUCGAGGAGCAUCAUGACUCGGAAUAUGAGACAGGCGAAAGCGGGUCUGAAGCAGACUCGCAGGAAGGUGGUUUACGGGAGAGUGGGGAUGGGCAGGAGGAAGAUAAGCCGCAGCGCAAGCUGGAUGAUGAUGAAGACAGACGUAAUCCUCAGUAUAUCCCCAAGCGAGGUACAUUUUACGAACACGAUGACAGAACAACGGAGGAGGUAGCCGAAGAAAAAGUAGAAACUCCGAAUGAAAGAGAGGCCAAAGAAAAGAAAGUCUGGAAAGACAAGGAGGAUCGAUGGGAUCAUGACAGGUAUAACGACGACGAACAAGCACCCAAGAGCCACGACGAACUAGUUGCGGUUUAUGGAUAUGAUAUAAGAAAUGAAGAAGGACCACCUAGAGCCAGACGGAGAAGAAGAUAUGGUCGUGGUCCAAACAAGUACACGCGAAACUGGGAGGAUGAAGAUGCAUAUGGAAAGCCAGGUGGUCCUCCUUCAGUUGGUCGAGGUGGCACUAGAAAAACAAACCGAAGUGGAGAAGAGUUUCCUGCAUUAAGUGGUGGCAAUAAUAAAGAUGACGGGUCAACCACACCAGAAGAACCAGUUAUUUCUUCGGCUUGGUAUAGCAACAAAAAUAAGUCUCAACCUAAAGCAGGAAAUUUCCCACCUCUUCAGCCGCAGCAUGAGUCUCCAAACUCGAAGCCUGUUCCUACGAAUAAUUCCGCACCAGUAAACGAAAAUAAGACACCCAACGAGCCGACAAAUCCAGCUUGGAAGAAGGAAUUGACACAGAAUUCGCAUAGUCAAAGUCCUAAUAGAAGCGGCGGUGGCGGGGAUGCAGACAAAUUAAUGAAUCACAAAUCCUCGCCUCGUGAUUCGAACAAAAGGCAGGUUCAGGAGAGUGUAAGUUUGGCAGCCAGUAGAGCCAGAGGUCGGGGAUUCAAAGCGAGUGGUAACACUAACAAUGCAGGAUCAAACAGAUUGGAUUAUAAAGCUAAAGGUCGUGGAUCUGGCUCAGUUCUUCUUGAUAAUAGGCGAAAUAAUGCUGACAAUAACCACAUCGACGAUCACCAUCUGAUUAACGAUAUGAAACAAAUGAAUGUCAAUGACGGAGGAUCUUUUCAACAGAGCAACAGACAGAACAAAAAUUUUUAUGCUCAAUCUCCAGGUCAAGUUCGCCCCGGUACGAUUCCUCCACGUAUUCAACAACAGCACCAGCAACCACAGCAACAGCAGCAGCUGCCACAGCAGCAAUCAGCUCGCCAACAGCAGCAUGACGCAGCCGGUAACAGACCUAAACGGUAUUCGAGCCUACGCCAGCGUCCACCAGUUCCAGAAGGUCCUGGACAGCAAGGCUACCAGCCUCAGCAUGGUCAACAUGGCUAUUACCCACAAGCUGGAAAUUCAAGAGGCGUUCUAGAUUCCCAAGGAUAUCCUCCAGGUCACUUUGAACAGGCUCCGCCAGUAGCAACACCGGCAGCUCCUCUAGCUGGACAACCAGUCCUUCCCUUGCCUCCAGGAGGUCAACCAGCAAGUUUUGCUCCCCCUCCAUUUUUGGUACCUUCUCCUCAGUUCUUACCACCUCAGGGUGCACCUCCCAGUAUGAUCAACUACGUGCAGGGACCGAACGGGCCUGCCUUUCAACCUAACUUCCAAGGAUAUCAAGGAUUCAGUCCGCCUGUACAGCCGCAAGGGCCGCCGCCGCCUCAAGAACUUUUUCAGCCACAGGGUUGUACCUACUAUAGUCCAGCUCAACAACAACAGCAUGCAGUUCCUAUGAGACGACCAAAGGCUGCAAUUCCUAUUCUUCCGCCGCCUGACAAUCAGCAACAUAUGACUAGUCGAGGUAGAGGUAGAACAACACAGCAACAAAGCCUUCCGGUUCCAGGCGGCGGUAUGCAAAGAACAAAUACGGAAGGUAAGAAUAACUUGGCGGAAGGUGAUGGGAAAUUCAUACAGGCACAGUGUGCUGGAAAUCAGAUAGAGAAGCAGAUACCCACUGAUCACUUUGCGGUUAAUGAUACCACUGAAGUUGGAGCAAAUUGCGCGGACAAUGAAGACAAGGAUGUAAUAUCAAAUUCUGAAAUGACCAAUAUUUCCGAAACUCCAAACGAAUUGAAGAUCAGCUUAGACGUGGUCGUAAUGAAGGAGCAACAGCAAGAAAAUGAACAAGAACAAGAGCAGCAACAAGAACAAGAGCAGCCGCAAGAACAACAACGUGUUUCGGAAAGUGACGAUGUCAUAACUAACAAAGCUGCUGAACAAGUGACAGUUAAUACUACAGAGCCUGAAUUGCCGAAAAUAGAAAAUAAGGUGAUUGAGAGUCCCGUGGUCGAGGAAGCUGCUGCCUAGUUAUUUAUACUUAGCUUUUUUAUCACCUACGAUUUCCAAUUUACCAUAAUCGUGAGUUAAUACGACAUGAAUACGUUAAUGAAACUGUUAUUGUCAUUGAAUGUCAUGGAAAUAUAACCACCAAGUGAUGAUCAUUAGAAAAAGUGAAAAUAUCUUGGAGGAUUUCAAAAUUGCGAUAAAGCGAAUAAUUUAUCGCUAAUCGCUAAUUUAUCGUGCAUCAGCCGUCGACUAGUGUACAUGUUAUGUUAUGUUACUACUAACCUGGGGUGGUAUCCGUAUUUCGCCAGUUUAGUUAGUCGCUUGCAAAGUAAAAGGAUAAUUUCGUAUUAUCUGCAUUUUGACUGAUUAUCUGGUGUUAGUAUCAGCCAGUUUCAAUUUCAGUUCUAUACUCACAUUGCGCAUAAUUAAUUGCACUGUAAAAGCCUCAUGGGAUGAAAUUCUUUUUCAUUAAAGUUAUAACUUUAACUUUGUCUAUCUGGCUGGUCCAGUGUUAUAUCAGCACGUUCUUAUUUUGUUAGCUACUCUUUCCCUUGUUUUGGCACAACAUUUUUCUAGGUCUUCCCCGUGCUUCAGAUCGUCUUCUAAUUUCCUCAAUUCAAUCAAAUAAAACGUAAUUAUGAAUGAUUUUUAUAAGUUUGAAUAUGUUUCAAGUUUUUAAGAUCAAUAAUACAAAAUACACUGACCAUCACAUACUGAUUAUCAGAAAAGUAGAGAUUUUUUGAAUUCAUAAGCUGGUAAUAUAAUAUAUCUUUCUCUACAAGUCAAAAAUAUCAUUCAACACUUUCAGUCACGCAAUUCAGUUAUCUGAUAAUGCAAAAACAUUCAGGAUUUUGCAUGGGAUAUUAAAAAAAAUGAUAAAAAAAAAGAACAAAUAGGGUGCCACUGUAGUGGCUUCUGUGACUAAAAGGGUUAAAAUGGACAGGCUUGUUUGGUCUAUACUUUGAUUCCGACGCUUUCUACCCAUCUGACGUGCUUAUGUAACAGUUGAGUGGCCACUUAUGAAUAUAUAUAUAUUAUUAAAAAAAGAUAAAAUCAUAAAAAUCAGAAAAAAAGGAGAUAGAUAAAUUAUGAUAAAUAGAAUCACAAAUUAAUAGAUAACGCAUACAAAUGUAACAUUUGUAUUGUAAUUAUUCAGUUUGUAUAAGCGAAUAAGAAAAAGAUGAUCGCGAAAUUGUAAAAUAGUCCAAGCCGCUUGUGGAUACUUAAAGUGUGUAAUAAAAACUUUUCAUUUCACUUAAACCGCCUUUUGCUUAAGACGUCGCUGUAUUUAAAAUCUUUAGAAGAAUUAUUUCGGAUAAAUGUAAAAGUAUUGCUCUUCUAUAAUCAUGUAGAAUCAUACAAAUGUUUUAUUACCACGAGGUACGUUUUUCCGUUUUAGUAAUGAAUGCAUACAAACUCUUGGUGAAUUUAUCGAUGUAAUUGUAAUAGUUGUAUGGUUACAAGAUUUAUUUUUAUUUCUCAAUGUUAUCACAACCUGUAUUGCAGGAUAAAUUGCGUUCGAUUUAAAUUUAGUAAUUUUUAGUACCUAUGUGAAAAAGUAAUGCAAUAAUCUUACCUUGUUCCUGAAUCAGCAUAGUUGA